AUGUCUUCCAUCACAAAUCAGAGCACAAAGAAGUUGGAACAGGGCACCAACCAGGCUCUGCCAAACACAGAGUUCAGCAGCGGAGUCUUUGAGUCAGGCAGUCAACCAAACGAGGGCCUCCGAGAAUUAAACAAAGAGGUCGAAAACACACCAGUCGCCAGACAGCCCGCUACCGAGUCACAUCACUCCGGGGGUGGCAGCAUCUGGAGUGAUGAGAUCAAGCCCUCGGAUGAAGCCUCGAUGUCGUCUCUAGCUCGAUUCUGGACGCGGUCAUACGCACCAGACUAUGUCGGCUUCGUGGUCCUGCUCGCCGCAUAUGCUUUGAUCGUCCUCCUCGUCGAGCCCUUCCACCGCCUAUUUUAUAUCAAUGACCUGGCGAUUUCCUUCCCGCACGCCGAAGUCGAGCGCGUGCCCGUGACCCUCAACGUAGUCUACGCAGCCGCCGUUCCGCUGGUCCUGAUCAUCCUCACCAACAGCCUGACGGGCGCCUCGCGGCACAAGCACCACGUCGCGAUCCUGGGGCUCGCGAUCGGCCUCAUCCUCACGAGCUUCCUGACCGACACGGUCAAGAACACGGUGGGCCGCCCGCGGCCCGACCUGGUCGCGCGGUGCAAGCCCGCGCCCGGCACGCCCGAGAACACGCUGGUCGGCGUCGAGGUGUGCACCGAGACGCGCCACCACGUGCUGCACGACGGCUGGCGCAGCUUCCCCAGCGGCCACAGCAGCUUCAGCUUCGCGGGGCUGGGGUACCUGAGCUUGUUCCUGUCCGGGCAGGUGCGGCUGUUUGUAGUUGGCGGCGGCGGCAGGAAAGAUGGCAGCUCAGGUCAGGGGGCCAAUGGAAGGGCUGGCGUGGACGGUGAUGACAGGGCGGUAUAUGCCAGAGGCGACCUCGCUCGGGCCCUGCUGUGUCUGGCUCCCUUGCUCGGAGCUGCUAUGAUUGCGAUCAGCCGGUGCCAGGACUACCGCCACGAUGUUUAUGAUGUGUGCACGGGUGCGCUGCUGGGCUAUGUGGUUGCCUUCUGGAGCUACAGGAGGUACUGGCCACAGCUGACCAGCUGGCAUUGCCAUGAGCCGUACCCGGGCCCUAGCGACGGUGGAGCAGGUCUACCUCUGUACGGUCGGCUUCGGGACGAGGAAGAGGGCAUCGGGGGCGGGAACAAUGUAGGCGUGGAACUGGACUCUCUCCCGGCCAGGCACUGA